AUGGAAGCACGACAAUUUUUCUUCUUCUUCUUCUUCUUCUUCUUCUUUUUAGGAUCAUCAGCAUAUACAGGCGCACCCCAAUGGGGAAACCUCACAAUAUUAGCAGACAAGUUUCAUUUUGGGAAUAUAGCAGUUUUUGAUGAUCCAAUCACGUUAGACAACAACUUUCAUUCUGCUCCAGUAGGUCGGGCUCAAGGGAUGUAUUUUUAUGACACCAAGAACACAUUUACUGCUUGGCUAGGGUUUUCUUUUGUGUUGAAUAGUGCACAGCAUAAAGGAACCAUAAACUUCAUUGGGGCUGAUCCGAUUAUGGUGAAGAGUAGGGAUAUAUCGGUGGUUGGUGGGACUGGAGAUUUCUUCAUGCAUCGGGGAAUUGCAACUAUUAUGACUGAUUCUUACGAAGGGGAAGUGUACUUCAGGCUACGUGUUGAUAUCAAGUUUUAUGAAUGUUGGUGA